AUGAAGGAGCACACGUGUGGACUGGAACAUAGCAAAUUGGAUCCACACGGUUCCAGAAUAAACAUGAACGAUAUUACGUGUAAAGAAUCGUGGAUGUACAUGCUCCAAAUCAACGAGAACACGCCGAGGGCAAAAAUGUACUUUGACAGCAAGUCACGUGUAUUUGCCGAGAGAAGGAGGCACGCCUCGUCGGAACACUGGUGGGUCAUUCACCCCUUCAGCACUUGGAGGUUUCUAUGGGACCUGUUAAUGACGGUGGUGUACCUGGUAUCCUUCCUGACUAUUCCAUUUUCAGUUUGCUUCGUUGUGAUGAGUCACGACGAUGUCCUACUCGACGAAGUGAAUAUCCUGAUUUAUACCUUCUGCUGGUUCGACAUUAUCGGCAAUUUUUUCACUGGAUAUUACGAUAAGACGCAACAGCGUGUUAUACUGAGUCCCUUGAAGAUAUUCAUACGUUACUUGAAAUCCUAUCUCAUACUCGACAUCCUCUCCUCCUUGCCAUGGGAUCACAUAACUUUACCCUGGCGGCGGGUUCCCGGCGAAGAUUCCCAUUAUUUAAUAGUCCUGAUCAAUCUCUUACCCUGCCUGAAGCUGGCACGCUAUAGCUACGUGAAUUUGCAAAUCUUCGAACUGUUCACGCAUUUCGAAAUCAUGCAUUUCUACUACGAAAUGUUGACCAUCUUCCUCAUUGGAUUUUACAUGAUAUAUUGGGCAGCGUGUCUGUGUUAUUCCAUGCAAGUCUUGGUUCUGCAUUUCACUAACACUUCGCCCAAGGACUGUCCCGAGUGUUGGAUGACAGGGCUGAACAAGGGUCAGAUAGCAAUAAGGUUCCAGUACGCGCUCUUCAUCGUGGUAGAAAAAUUGGCAGCGAGUGGUUACGGUGACUACGUGCCAAGAACAGAGGGACAUAUUAUACUGAGCAGCGUUCUUGUGAUCAUUGGCAGAGCACUCGAGAGCUACAUCGCAGUGAUGCUCAUUCAGAUAAAAGCGGGAAGAAAGGCGUCCAAGGCGAAGUUCCAAGAGAUAAUAAACCAACUGAGCGCCUACACGAGGCAGAAGCAGUUGCCAAAGCACAUGAGGAUCCGUCUCGUUGCUUAUUACUACUACCGCUUCAGAAACAGUUAUUUUCGCGAGAAGUCUAUUUUGAGGAAUUUAUCAGAAAAGCUGCGUCAAGAGAUUGCUUUCCAAUCGAGUCAUCGAUUAGUCGAGAACGUAUCGAUAUUCAAGGCUUUGCCUAAAUCUACCUUGCAAUCCAUCGUGAAGAAUUUGAAGUUCGAGCUCUUUCUGCCGAACGACGUGAUCGUGAAGGCUGGAGCCCAUGGCGAUUGCAUGUUUUUUCUAUCUGCUGGGACCGUGGCUGUCCUGACACCCACCGGGAAAGAGAUUUGUCACCUGGAUGACGGUGCUCAUUUCGGGGAAGUGGCGCUUUUGGUUCCCGACCAGAGGAGGGUCGCAAGCGUCAUAGCAAUCGAGGUGUGCGAAGUGUAUCGUUUGGAUCGCAAGGAUUUUCGCAAAUGCGUCGCCGUGCACACGGAAUUGUUUGCGAGGAUCGAGAGAACUGCGAGAGAGAGGAUCGAGAGGGCUGUGGUGAUCGAGGAACAGCACAAGCGUUAUCUUAUGCGAAAUUCUGUGCAAAGCGAACGUUUGAGACCCGAAUAUUACUGA